UGCAAAGUGGCUACACCCCAACGCACUCGCACCUUAAACUAGUCUCUCGACACAGCUCGAUCUAAGAGGAAUCCUCAGCGCCGUUCUCUUUCCAGUUUCAUCGCCCGUUCCGAUUAAGCUUUUCUGUCUUCGUCCAUCUCCGAGGGUUUUUUCUGUCUUCUGUCAUCAACCACAUGCGCAGAAAUUAAACCGGGAGAAGAGAGAAAAGCAAUAUGAAGAACAAAGCGUCCGCUUUUGUGAAACGCAUGGUCUCCGUCCUGACCUCCGUCGCCAAAUCCAAGUCUGCGGCCAUCAAGAGAAAGACCAGCGCGGUGAAGGGCCGCCUCAUGCUCUUCUCGCUGAUGAACAGCCGGAAGGUCCUGUUCUGUUCCAUCUCCAACAAGAUCCACAGCCUCCUUGGCCACGGCGACGAAGACAGUGACGACGAGGAUGAUGUUGACCAAAGCAGGGCCCUAGUGCUGUACGAGGCCAAGGCCAAUGAGGCGCGGCCUAGCACGAGCAGCACCGCAAUAUACGGCGGAUACGGUGACGAGAGUGACGAUGACGAUAAGUAUCCGGACCUGAGGCACUCGCUCUUUGAUGAGGAAGACGACGAUCUUGACGACGCCGACCCUGGCGGGUCGGUGAUUGACCUGGUGAAGAACGCGAAGGAGGAAGGAGGCGAGUUCUGCCUCGAGGACGAGAUCGACCACGUUGCGGAUCUGUUCAUCAGGAGGUUCCACAAGCAGAUGCGGCUGCAGAAGCUGGAAUCGUUCAAGCGGCUCCAGGAGAUGCUAGGGCGAAGCGUGUGAAGGAGGAGGAGGAAGAAUCGUCAUCGCACGUUGGCUCAUGGAUCGAGGAAAUAUUUGUUAUGCUUCUAAGUAGUUUAUAUUCCAUCUUCUCCUCGGAUGCACCGAACUUAUAUGAGCUUAAUGCACCAAAAUCAUCAGAUUUAUAGUUGCGAUGCACUAAGUUCACGUGAAUCCGAUGCAUUUUCUCUUGUUUAAUUUGACUAGAAAGGCAAUUGGUGUAUGUAAAUUUUCGUUUACGAAUAAAAU